AUGCAGCGAACAUCAAUAUCGAGCAGUAGACGGACGGUCCUUGAGAUGGUGAGCCGUACGCGGUGUCGAGCGGCAUCGUCCUCGAUCCGUCCUCGUCCACAAAACCGGUCUUACGCAGAUUCGCCUACUAUCGCAGGCGGCAAGCUCGCCCAGAUCAUUCGAGACUCCAUCAGAGCGACAGGCCCGAUACCAAUCUCGCGGUAUAUGCAAUUCUGCCUCUCGCACCCUACCGAGGGCUACUACUCGAAAGGAGAUGUCUUUGGACGACAGGGUGAUUUUAUCACAUCUCCAGAAAUAAGUCAGAUAUUUGGAGAGCUGGUGGGAGUCUACUUCCUUACACGGUAUCUGGCCAAAGGCGGGAAGGGACCUGUUCGGGUCAUAGAGCUUGGUCCUGGGCGGGGGACGUUGAUGGAUGAUGUUUUACGGACCUUAUUAAACUUUCCGACGAUAGCGGACAAGAUCAAGGAGGUGCAUCUGGUGGAGAACAGCUUGAAGAUGCAAAAGCUGCAGGGUGAAAAGCUAGCGGCGAGAAUAGAUGGGAGGGGGAUCGAUCUGAAGUGGAGCGACAUGGUGGAUGGGAUCGAAGACUCGGACGCGUUCACGAUGGUUGUAGCGCACGAGUUCUUCGAUGCUAUGCCGAUCAACCUCUUCGAGAAACGGGAAGACGGCCUUUCAACCUCAAAGAAUGCCGGUCUCCGACUGGCCAUCUCCCGCACACCCACACCUCUAUCCACCGUCCUCCCUGCCACAUCACCCCGCUUUGCCAAGCUGCCCAUAGGCAGCCGCAUCGAAAUAGCCCAAGAAUCAUUCAAGAUCACGCGGCGCCUUGGGGAGAUCAUCAGCGCAAAGGGCGGUGGAGGCGGGGCGGGGCUCAUAGUGGAUUAUGGAGGAGAUAGGGCAUAUGGGCAGAGCUUCAGGGCGUUCCGAGAUCACAAGAUCGUUGAUGUAUUUGAUGAACCUGGAUCUUCAGAUUUAACCGCCAACGUGGACUUUGCGUACCUUCGAGAAUCGCUCAAAGGUGUCGCCCGACCACUAUCCCCUAUCCCUCAAUCCCAAUUCCUCCUUUCCCUGGGUCUGCAAGCCCGCCUAACAUCCCUCCUCGCUUCAGCACCGAAUGACGCGAGGAGAGAAGAUAUGAGGAAAGGUGCAAAGCGGCUCAUCGAUUCGACGGGAAUGGGGUCAGAAUACCAGGUUAUGGGAAUUGAGCCGCUUGGUGCUGCGGGCGAGGCAGAGGAGGAGGUGUAUCCGUUCCCUGCGCGGGCGGAGGUGUUGUCGGAGCCUGUAGAUGUCCAGUCGGGCGUUGACAUCCCUGUAGGAUGA